GUCAGUCAAGAAAAGGAAAACAAGCGGGUGUCACCCACCGUCGGCUCGCGAAGCUGAAGCUCACCGGGAGUUCGAGUUUCAGCUAGGGUCCUUCAUAGCGACAUAAAGAUUUACGCUAGAGUGGGGGGGGGAACUGGGAAGCUACUCGCGGCUUCUGCGCAAGGCAAGAGGCAGGUGUGCGUCCGCUUUGCCGCACAUGAAAAAACUGCCCCACGAGACCAGCACUCUGAGGUGGGGGCAACAGCCUGUUACGGGUCUGUGUCCUUACUCACUGCAUUGUGCAGGCGACUCCGGUUGUCGCCGCCUCCGUCGCAGCGGAGAGCUCUCAGAAACGGCCGUGCCUUGCUCUCGGGAGUGUCGCCGUGUCGCGGUGUAAUCUCAGCGUCGCUUUCGCAGGUUGCUCGGAGCCCCCUUUCUUCUACGUAGAGUAAGAUGAUGGGCUUUCUGCGCAGGACAUUUAGCCUUCGAACACGGAGGCGCUUUCGACCGUCGGACGAGCUUGAUGGAAACGGUAGAGGAGGCAACACAGUGCUCCAGGCACACCAGCAGCAGGUGAUACACGCGCCCACGGUGGUAACCGGGGGCACCGUAGUCCACAUCCCUGCGUCGGGGAAUGGUAAAGCGGCCAUCACUUGCAGAGUCCUGCUUCUUGAUGGAUCUGAUGUCAGUGUUGAGUUACCGAAACAUGCAAAGGGGCAGGACCUGUUUGAUCAGAUCAUGUACCAUUUGGAUCUGGUUGAAGCUGAUUAUUUUGGGCUGCAGUUCAUGGAUCCAGAGCAGGUCGCACACUGGCUAGAUGCAACCAAACUCAUAAAGAAGCAGAUUACAUAUGGCCCUCCAUACAGAUUGUUUUUCAGGGUGAAAUUCUAUUCCUCUGAGCCCAGUAACCUUCAUGAAGAGUUCACCAGGUAUCUCUUUGUGUUGCAGCUCAGGCAAGACAUUCUGUCCGGCAAGUUAAAGUGUCCAUAUGAUGUUUCUGUGGAGCUUGGGGCUUAUUGCCUACAGAGUGAGCUGGGAGACUGUGACCCACUGGAACAUUUUCCAUUGCUCGUGUCAGAGUUCCGUUUCUCACCCAAGCAGACAGAGAUCAUGGAAGCAGACAUUUAUCGCAAGUGGGCAGAGUGCAGAGGAAUGAGCCCAUCACAGGCGGAGCUGAAUUUUUUGAAUAAGUGCAAAUGGCUGGAGAUGUACGGAGUUGACAUGCAUUUUGUGAAGGGCCGUGACGGAGGGGAGUACGCCCUGGGGCUUACUCCAACUGGAAUUCUGGUGUUUGAAAAAUCCAAUAAAAUUGGUCUCUUCUUCUGGCCUAAAAUCACACGUCUGGAUUUUAAGAGGAACAGGCUGACAUUAAUGGUAGUGGAAGAUGAUGAGCAGGGUCGUGAGCAGGAACACACGUUUGUGUUUCAGCUCUCCAGUUCUCACAUGUGUAAGGAACUGUGGAAGUGCGCCGUGGAGAGUCAUGCCUUUUUCCGUCUGCGACAGCCCGCCCAGACUAAGAGCAGCCGCAGUGACUUCACACGCUUGGGCUCACACUUCCGUUUCAGUGGGCGGACCGAGUACCAGACCGCUCAUUCGGGCAGGCUGAGGAGGGCCAGCACAUUCGAGAGGCGACCCAGCAAAAGAUACCCAUCCAGAACCCAGUCACUAGGCAAGGCCAUUACUCCAGCGAAGCACCCACAUCAGAGUGGCCAGUCAAGCCCUGAACACAGCCUGAAACUGUAUCAACACAACAUUCCUCUUGGUCAGGAGCCCUGGACGAGGACCCACCCAGCGAGUCUGACCCCACCCCUUUACAUACAGCCCACUGAGCGGGGACACACCCCUCCACCUCACAGUUUCCCGCUGAGCAGUGCAGACAGCCGAAGGUUUAGUGUGGAGGAGAAUGAGCUGCCGCAUUCCGGAAGGGCCCAUCGCUGCUAUUAUCACCAUGGAUACGACAAGCAGGAAACCCCAUGCCUCACUUUAGCCAAACCCAAGCCGUGGGUCAUUCCUGUGGGCCACACUGAAGAGCCCGAUCGAGCUCUGAGGAGUCCAAAUCAGCUGCGUAAUUUGAAUCCGAUGGAACCAGAUUCCAACCCUUGGCCAGCCCUGCACAUCAAUAUUGACACAGCAGAAGAGAAGCCUUUAUCAGAGAAGAGUCUCCCCUCCUCUCCUACAGGCUUACAAGAUCAACUCCACAGUAACGUUCGCCGACAUGUAAUGCAGAGUGAGAGUGGAAGUUCAAAGGGAAACUCCUCCAGCACAGAACACAACAGAGUUCCCAGCUCCUCUCAGGAUUCAGCUUCUAGCAGUGCAAACACAGAGAGGCCAAGAGUGGAACGCCGUAAACGCUUGGUCAGGCAGUUCAGUUUUAACCACAGUGAUGAGGAUGAUCUCCCAGAAGCACUUGCUGCUAUCUCUUCUGAAAGCAGUAUGGGGAGAUCUACAUCUAACAGCUCAUUGGACAAACAGGUCCAACCACCAAUCUACCCACCGCACAAGAGUGUGCCACUGUUGGAACACGGAGACAGAUCUCCCCUGUACUGUCCUAGCUCAGUGUCCCAUCUGCUGCCCCUCAGUGUACACUCACACAGCAAUGAAGACCUGAGACUGGACAGAGAAAAACUGAUGAGGGCUCUACUAAUGACGGAACUCUAAGAACACACACACACACGUGCACACACACGCGCACCUGCCAAAGUAACAUAACAAAAUAUACCUUCAUUUACUGGACUGAAAGAACCUUUGUAUAUAGCAGUUGACCUAAGUCUGUUUGUACAAACAUGUGGAGUUAAAUCUAUUUUUAAUUAGAAAAGCUACUUACCCAUAAAAUUUACAUCUGCCAAAUCAUGUUUAUAAAAAUUCCCAAAAAUGUAGAUUAUUUCACUCCAUGUUUACAUGUACCUAUGGCUUUGCAUUUCAACAUGCAGUUGCAUUAUGAGCUCUGAAUGGUUACUUUGUUCAGUUUAGUUUAGUUCCUUUGUCUUGUACAUCUUCCUCGUUAGACUAAACUGUGUGUGAAGUCACUUGGUCAGACUUGUCUUAGAUAAAUCUGAAAUGAUACACUGUACAUACACACAGUACGUAUGUUGUAAGAAAAAUUACCUUUGACAUUAUCGUUUUUCAUUUAAGAUUUCUAACAUUUUGAUGAAGACUUUUGCAUGUACAGUAUGGAACACAGUAUAUAUAUAUAGUACACAGUAUACAGUACAAUUACAAUAUGCAGAAUACAGUGUAAAGCACACUUAAGUGUACAGUACACAAUAUAUACAACAAACAGUAUAUACAGUACACAGUAUAUACAGCAUACAGUAUAUACAGUACACA